AUGUGUCGCAGGUACCCUCAAACAUUACAAGGUGAAACGCCUGAUGAUGAGAGGACGGCACCAGAAGACGAGCCUGAACCUUUAGGUGAUGUAGCAGGGGAAGAACAAAAGUCAAAUAACCAUUUUGAUGGAGACGACAUCCCUGUUAGACGUAGGAGAAAACCACAUGAGUCCGGUAUACAGCGUUUGUCAGAGUCUGUGUAUACUGGACUGUGUCGUGAAGUGGGGACUCCUACAGAGGUCACCAUCAGGAGAGACGUAAUGGACAUCGUAGAAACUUUCAGGAAUCGAAAAUCAUCAGUUGAUGGUGACUAUGCCAUAUUGAGUGGCAGUCGUCGAGAAGGAUUCAGACUGGAGGGAUCAGAUGUGGACUUUAUGUAUUCUGACAACCGUUUUAUUGUAGUCUGGGACUUAGAUCAAGCUCAGGUUCAUGAGUUAGGUAAAAGGACUCUCCUUCUGUGUGACAGAUCUGAAAGUCCCCCUGGAUAUACUUUACUUCAGGUAAUAUUAUCGAGAGGUAUGACAGCUGAACUCAAUGAGACGGGGUUCAAAAUGAAUAACAAUUUUUAUAUUUCCAGUUCUAAAUACAGACAAUCGUUUUUAUCAGUAUCCUACACUGAACAUGGACCCUGUAUAGGUCGCUAUCCUAUGGAUUUUGCCUAUUGUUUUCAUUGCAAUUUUUGGCCUCCAUCUGCUUCCUCAUGGAUAGACAGAAGUCACUCUUGGCCCCAGCGUCAAGUUGUUCAAGAGAUUGUCAGAAAUAGAUGUCACCUUGUAGCUAUAGGACACAAAUUAGGACGUCAUGAAAUUCAUGAAUGGAGAAUUUCUUUUUCUCUGGCAGAACAAAAACUUGUGUAUUCAAUGAACCACUGUCAAUUCCUUACGUAUGGUUUGCUCAAAAAUUUCCUUAAAGAAGUCAUAAGCAGUGGAAUUGCUGACCAGGAUAAAUUACUUUGUUCAUAUCACAUAAAGACAUCAGUUUUCUGGGUGAUUCAACAAAAUGUAAUACCUCACUGGUGCCCACAAAAUAUUCUGGAGUGCUUCUGGAUCUGCUUCAAACUUCUCCUUAAAUGGGUGUAUGAGGGGGUCUGUCCAAAUUUUUUCAUUCCAGAAAACAAUAUGUUUUUGAGUAAAAUCCAUGGUGAAGCACAGAAGCUUCUAUUCAAUAGACUGUAUGAGUUAUAUGAGAAGGGAAUAGCUUGCCUACUUCACAGUUCCACCAUCAGACCCUAUGUUAUGAAGGUCCUCCUUAAUCCUAAGCAGUAUAUCUGUAUAGAUGAAUUCAAUCCUAGACAGUCUACCCUUGAAAUUUGCAAGACAAAGAUGCAUCUUCAUAUAACACUAUUGAUGGAGAUAAAAUACAGUCCAUUUAUACUCCCUCUAGACCUACAUAGUUGUAUUCAGAGUCUACAAACUGUAGAACAUCUACUAAGUUUUCCACUGACACAGUAUCAAGUUGUUUGGUUACAGAAACAAAAAGUCGUCUACUUUCAUGCAAUCGCAUUUCAAUUACUCAACAGGUGGAAUAACACGUGUGCCAACAAAAUGAAAUAUAAAGUUGACAAAAUGUCCUGUCAAAUGCUAAGAGUAGCAGCAAAGUUUGAUCGUAUUUCUGAUAUAUUGUACUUAUCCAUGUACCAUUAUCGUACAUCUAGAUACAGGAAAGCACUAUCUAUUAUAGAGAAGACCAAAGCCAAGUUGGCUCAGACAUUUGAAUCAUUUAACAGUAUCGACUCAGAGAGAUUUCGUGAGCGUUCAUUAGAACAGUAUUUUUCGGCAAAACGAAAGCAGAUUACAAGGGAUAUCCAACUUUAUUCUGGCCUCUAUUACAUAUAUGAAUUAAUACCAGAACAAUCUGGAAAAAAUAGAGUUCUGUGCAUCCCCCCAUUAGUCAUGUCAUACAUGCUUGAGAUAUUGUGCUCCAUUCAUACUAAUACAAAAAGAGCACAACGAGCUCUCAAUGAUCUACAGGUCUUAGUCCAAUUUGAUCAGGAGGUAUAUAUUUAUAAAAUAUACAAAGACAUAUCAUGGCAGAUCCUAGGAAUCUGUCAACAUAUCUUUGGGGACAUUCAGUCUGCUUUAUUUUCAUACCAACAAUCCCUCAGACAAAGUCCAUUCAAUAGAAUACAAACUGUUACACUGAUGAGAAUACGGGAUAUUAUGACAUCAACCCAAGCUUAA